GUCUCGCGGAGCCUCGUGCUGGCUUGAUCGGUUCCUCGCUCAUACUCUCGUUCUGUGAGAGAAACCCCCUCACAUUUUGUGUCGGUUAAUUUCAUUCCCGGGAUUUGUAUUUAUUUGGUUCCAGGAACUUUUUUAUUUGAAUUGGAAUCUGGAGUGAAGGCCGGAUUCGGUCCGGAGGUAGGGGGAAUGAUCCGGGACACGGGUACAUUGUUAUAAAUAAUUGUAUUUAUUCAAUGCUAUUCAGAGAGGCAUAGUGACUGACUCGCUGUGAAAGAGAGGGGGGAGAGAGAGGGAUAUCAUGGCCGCUAGCGUCGCCACUCUCAACACUAGCCCGCCAUCCGAACUUAAAAAGCCGGAUCGGGACCCACAGGAAGACUCGGCAGCGGGCGAAAAGCAGGAAAAUAAAGAGUCGGGACCAGACAGCGGAUCUCCAGCGCAGAAAGAACUGCAGGACGGGGCCGACGGUGGAAAUGUAGGGGGAGGAGGGGAUCCUGACAUGAAGAACGGGAACGGGAAUUCGUCUAGGGUGAACAAUAAUAAUAACCAGAAUGAUUCAGGGGGCGCUGAAGGUAAUAACCACCCGGGAAUAGCUCACCACCACCCGGGUACUUUUCCUCCACCUCCUUACGGUUAUAACCAGCCCUACAACCGGGCCCCUUUUCAUCAACAUGGCGGACAACAAAGCCCUAGCAUGGCAGCUGCAGCGGGGCCGGCAGUGCAGCCAGGCAGCAUGAUGGACCCAUACCCGCCCAAUUCGCAUGACCACGGCUUCCCCAACCACUUUAACAACUACAGCCCAUACCCAAAUCGGACUCCAUAUCAGGGCCAAGGCUACGGCAUGAGUUCCCCGCGCAACAACCAGCCCCCGACUGCUGGGGGGCAACCAGGCAAGCAACAGCCAACUGGAGGAACUACACCUAUGGUAGCCCCAUACAACAAUCAGAGAUAUAACAUGGGAAACCCUCAACCAACCUCAACCCCGACUCUUAACCAGCUUCUAACCUCUCCCAGCUCUGCAAGGAGCUACCAAAACUAUCCUCCAAGUGACUAUAACAACCCAGAAGGUGCUAGCAAGGGACCAGUAGACAUGGGAAGCACUAGUCAGUAUGGAGGGGGCCAUCCGGCUUGGCAACAAAGAAGCCACCAUCCAUCUCCAAUGAGCCCGGGAAACUCGGGACAACCACUUAGCAGAAACCAGCCUCCAAGCCCGAUGGACCAGGUGGGGAAGAUCCGGCAGCACUACAGUUCGGCCAAUCCUUACUCCCAGGGGCAGGGUCCUCCGACUGGGCCACCACAGGGCCCUCAGUACCCGGGCCAGGGCUACGGGCCCAACGCCCAGAGGUACCCGCUGAGCAUGCCGGGCCGCACGCCAGCGGGCAUGGGCUCCAUGCAGUAUGGACAGCAGAUGGGAGGAUACGGACAGCACGGCCCACAUGGUCCCCAUGGCCCAGGCCCCUACAGCCACCAGGGCCAGGCCGCCCGGCCCCUCACGGGCAGCAAGGCCAGCCGCCUACCGCGCUUGUAG